UGCCGGUGAGAACAGCAGCGGUCCACGUGAUUCAACACACACACCGCUAACAGCAACAGUUCACCCAGCUCAGAUACAUUCAGCUGAAUAAACUCAAUAACGGGGAUAUCUCGCUUUCAGAAGGUCAGGACGCGCGCUGUUAACCUGCAGCCGGUGUGCGGUGUGUAAAUAAUGAAUUAACUACAGCUAUCUGCGUUUAUUUCUGCUGUUUUAAAUGAGCAGUUAGUUAGCUGGCUAGCCUUUAGCUAAGGGUCAGAAAUGCAGCGGGUCAGAUUCUCCUGCUCCCGCCUGCUGUCUGAGCAGCUCUGGAGAAGAAGCAGCUUCACCUCGAGAUGUUUAUCUCCCUCGUUUGGGGUCCAGAGCCUGUUCUCCAGCUCUGCAGCUGCCGAGCCGGUGGUGAUCCGCGUCCCGAGGCGCAUGCAGGAGCAGAUCGAGAAUGCGAAGCAGGUGAAGGGCAAGAGCCAUGCCAGGGUGCCCACUGCUAAACCUGGUAAGCUGCUGAUUAAGAGCAAGAACCCACUGCACAACCAGGGUGUGGCCUACACUUUGGGGAAGUUUGAAGAGCCAGUUCUCUCGUCCAAGGGCUGGAAACAUAAUAAAUCAUUUGGGGACUAUUUUAUCAUCAAUAGCACACAGACUGCUCCACCAUUCGUUUCCACCUCUGUCUCCAAGGAUUCUAAGGAGGAGAGUAAGGCAGAUGGGCGUGGGCGAGCUGAAGGACACACAAGGACAUUUAGCAGUCUUCGCCUUUGUUCUGAACUUGUGGAGACCCUCCAGAACUUCAAUAUAACCCAUCCAACCACUGUACAGCUGCAGACCAUUCCCAAACUCAUGCAGGGACAUAACGUACUCUGUGCUGCAGAGACAGGCAGUGGAAAAACCCUGGCCUACCUCCUCCCCAUCAUCCACAAACUACACAAGGAGAUGCAACUCGAAGAAACGACACUCUCUGAACGGAGAACCCAGGCUGUGGUUCUCGUCCCUUCGCGAGAACUUGCAGAACAGGUCACCUCAGUCGCCCGUGACAUGGGCCGACCAUUCGGAUUAGCGGUGAAGGUGGUAGGAGGAGGACAUGGAGUUGGGAACAUCAAAGCUGUCUUCUCCCACGGACAACCCCAUAUUUUAGUCGCUACCCCUGGUGCUCUGCUUAAAGCGCUAUGGAGAAACCUGGUGGAUCUAAGCGAGCUUCGCUUCGUGGUGGUGGAUGAAGCAGACACCAUGUUCGAUCCAAGCUUUGUAGACAUGCUGGAGAAAAUCUUAUCACAAACCCAGAUAGCAGCCAACCUCACAGAGACCUCGGGUCCCUCUCCGAAGGCCCAGCUGGCUGUGGUGGGUGCCACCUUCCCUGGAGGUGUUGGAGAGCUCCUCAGCAAGGUCACAGACCUCGGCAGGUUGGUGACGGUCAAGAGCCGAAUGCUGCACUACUUGAUGCCGCACGUGAAACAGACGUUUCUGAAGGUAAGGGGUAAUGAGAAAGUGCUGGAGCUCCACCAAGCACUGAAGGAGCAUAAAGAAGCAGAACAUAGAGGAGUAUUAGUGUUCUGCAACUCUGCUUCCACCGUGAACUGGCUCGGGUACACGCUGGAGGAGAUGGGUGUUCAACACUUGCGUCUGCAGGGAGAAAUGCCAGCAGCCAUGAGGGAGGGAAUCUUCCAGAAGUACCAGAAAGGACACGCUGAUGUUCUGAUCUCCACGGACAUCGCUUCCAGAGGACUCGACACACAAAGAGUGGGGCUGGUGGUGAACUACGAUUUCCCAGAGUCCCGUACGGACUACAUCCACCGCGCUGGACGCGUGGGCAGGGCGGGAGGUUCAGCAGGAGGACACGUACUCAGUUUCGUUACUCACCCGUGGGACGUAGAACUGGUGCAGACCAUUGAGACAGCAGCCAGGAGGAGGAUGUGCUUACCUGGCAUGGAGACUGAAAUUCACAAAGCCAGUCCCAAAACAGAUUCAGAGGAGAGCGAGUGAUCAUACAUAGCCUUUGAUUUUAUAGCACUCUGCUUUAGGGAUUCAUGUGAUUUGUACAUGUUAUGAAAGUAUAAAUGUUAAUAUAAAAAAAUAACAAACAUUUUUGAUGGGAGAUUGUUGUACUGGUACAUCUCCAAAAAAAUAAAAUAUCACUAUAAGUUUAAUAAGUAAUAAGUAAUAAUUCUGUUUAAAAAGAGAAGCUCAUAUGUGAUAUAGAUAUAUUAAUGAUCAUGACUUAUGAAUCAGUGUCUCAAAAAUUAGAAUAUUAUAUGAGACCAGUUGGUACUGUGGGCAGUGUGCCAAGUCCUGCUGCAAAAUGAAAUCCACAUCUCCAUAAAAGUUGUCCAAAGUCAGUGCAAUGUUUUCUUGGAAAAUCUUUCAGCACUUCAUGCUUCCCUCUGCUGACAACUUUUAUGGAGAUGUGAAUUCUAUUUUCCAGCAGGACUUGGCACACUGCCAAAAGUACUGAUUAGUUAAUUUUCUGAGUCACUGAUUUUUGUGUUUUCAUCGGCUGUAAGCCAUAAUCAUCAAAAAUGAAAGAAAUAACUGCUUAAAAUACAUCACUAUGUGUGUAAUACAUCUAUAUAAUAUGAGUUUCACAUUUUAAACUGGAUUAUUGAAAUUAAGUAACUUUUCAAUGAUACACUGAUAUUCUAUUUUUUGACAUGCACUAGUAUAGGUGCACAAUAGGGGUUGGCAGUAUUCCCUAAACUAAUAUCACAAUAUUCCAAUAUGACAAAACAUUGAAUAAAAAAAAAAAGUAAUAAAUUCAAGAAUGCACAACUGCAA